AUGGGUCAGGAUUUGUUUAAUCAGACCAUGACGGAAGGUGGGUUCGAGUUGGGAGUGGUCUCGGAGCCGUAUCGGAUCCAGAGGGACCACCCCAACUGGUUUACGGAUCCUACUGGGGAGGAGGUCGCAAUUUCGUGGCGACCAGCGGCGACGCCGCGCCCGUGCUCCAAGUUUGGAGCCGGGCACGAAUUCGUUGCAAUUGAGUGGGGAGAGUGGGUGGUACUGGAUCUUCCUGUCGGGGCUGGGGGACUGCAUCCGCAGAUGCCUCCCCCGGCCGACGUUGGUCGCGGGGGACUUCAACGCGUGGUCUACGCUAUAAGGUUCCUCGCGAACCAACGGGAAAGGAGAGGAGAUGGUGGAUUGGGCGGCGGCACUCGGCCUGUGUCUUUUAAACACGGGUUCGAGGAGCACCUGCGUGCGUACCCGGGGGAGUCCAUCGUGGAUCUCACGUGGGCUUCCCCGUCGGCCGCGCGCAGGGUCACGGGUUGGUGGGUGGACGAAGAUCUGGACUCGGGGUCCAAUCACAGAUACAUCGUGAUCGAGGCCUCGACCACCCCCACCGGACAGCUCAGCCGCUGUCGGCGUAGCACUCGCAGGAGAUGGGUCCUCAGAAAGAUCAAUGAGGACAUCCUGAUGGCGGUCAUUCUAAUGGAAUCCUGGCCGAGGCCAUUCGGCCAGGCCAUGGACCUGGAGGAAGAGGCCACGAGGGUCGUGAGCAUGGUCGAGAACGCGUGUGAGGCGUCCAUGCUACGAUCUAGAUGGUCCCCCGUUAAGGCUAUGCACUGGUGGACCGAGAAGAUCGCCGAGCUUAGGCGUCUCUCCUCGGCCGCCAGGCGCACAUUCCUGCGCGCGCGCAGAAAAAGGGGGCAUCACACCAGGGUGACUGAAGCUCUGGGGGGUUUCGUGCCGCACGAAACGUCCUCCGAGCCGCCAUCAGAAAGGAGAAGGCAAGGGCUUGGGAGGAGCUAA